GGUGAGGAAGAGCCCCGUCCUGAAGGUAUCAAAGCUGCGAAAGCAAGAAGGAAUUCUAGGAAGGGGAUGUCUGUCGAGGACUUUAAGAGCGUCCACGAGCUCAAGAUGGAGGAUUUGGCGAAGAAGGAGAGGCUCUCGAAGCUGGCCAUUUUAGACACUCUCCUUGCUAAGAAGGAGCCAACCGAGAGGGAAGAAAAUGUGAAGAACAUGCUGUUGGCCGAAUAUUUCUAGUUUUAAAUCCUAAGAGUCUAUGUUUGUGUCAAGCGUCUAGUGUUGGAGGAGAAGCUGUGGCUUGUGUUCUAUGUGUUUUGUUUGUGUUUCAAGUUAUCGUUUGUGUUUAAUUCUAAGAAUUAGUUUCGGUUUAAUGUGUGUUGUGACCUGUGUUCUAUGUUCUGUUUUUAAAUUAUAUUCUCUGUCUAAUGUGUUCUGUUUUGAUUAUUCUCAGGCCAUGGGUUUGGAUUAUUCGUACACGCAGCCGUCUGAGUCGGAGGAUUACGGUUUAGGAGGUUCAGCAGACAGUGGAAACAGCUCUACAGAGAUGUAUAUCCAGCUGGACCAAGCUCAGAUCGAAGCCGCACGCCAUCAGUACCCUCCGCAGCCUGAAGUGGAGUUUGGCUUCCCCAAGGAGUGCUACUGUGGUGGCGAGCCACUUGUAGCCACUUCUUACACAAGAACUGACCCGGGGAGAAGGUUCUACACCUGCAAGAACAAACAGGACGGAGACUGCCAUGUCUACAAGUGGUGGGACGUCGCGGCUACAGAGGAGAUCAAAGCCAUUGGUGCACAAGUGACCCUCCUCACUGAUAAGGUAGAUUCUCUUUCAUUCGUCGGUUACGAGGAGACCGAGCUGCGGGAGUUAAAGGAAGUUCAAUUUGAUAUGGAGCAGAAAUUGGUUAGGUUGGAGAGCAUUGUCUGUGACUUAGGUAGAAAGAAAUCUAGAUUUGGUAAUGGGUUUGAACUAGUUCUAGGUGUUCUGGUUGUUGUGUUAGUGAUAAUAGCCAUCGGAGUAGCUGCUCGUAUGUAGGAUUAUCGCAAAUGUA